AGCAUUUGUUCUAUCAUUAUUCAGCCAUGGCUUCUUCAAAUCCAUACAUUGGCUGUAGGAUAAGGUUGCUUUCAAAGGCCCAGAAUCGUUAUGAGGGGAUUUUGUACACAAUUGACAAAAAUCAUUCCACAGUUGUGCUGUCAAAAGUGAAGUGUUUUGGAACUGAGGGGCGUCCUACUGAAAGACCAACACCCCCCAAAGACGAUGUUUACGAGUACAUAACUUUCCGUGGUAGUGACAUCAAGGAUAUCGCACUGUGUGAAUCUCCAAGGUCCGAUGGCCUUCCCCCAGAUCCAGCAAUCAUACAAUCAUUCAGCUCAAGCUCAGGCAUAUAUUCAAGUCUUGGACUGUUUAGCCCCAUAAGAAAGCCUGCUUAUAAUCACCUUGCCACCAGCUCCCUUCUUAGCCAGCAGUAUGCUGCUGCUCUUGGACUGGACCUGCAUUUCAGACGGGGCCCCAUGGUAGAGAAGGCUGUUCAAACCAUCCAAGUAGAAAAACAGAGAAGAGGUUUGACUGCUUCCCAGAAAAGGCAGUGGAAUAGGAGGAGGCCCCCAAGGACCAGGAGAGUGAACUCCCAGCCCCAAAGGGACCCUGCUACCAGGAGUUCAGGCUCUGGUGUGACUUCUAAUCAACCAGACACACAGCAGCAGAAUACUGACCAUCCACUGGCCAGAAGAAGGCAAGCACCUCGACAUCAGAGCAGUGGUAGAGGACGGCUAAUGGUGGCUAACAUUCCAUCGCCUAUUCUCAAAUUUGAUACAGACUUUGACUUUGCUUCAUCCAAUGCACAGUUUAUCAAAGAUGAGCUUGAGAGGGAGGUGCAGGAAAAAAGGAACCUAAAAGAUGAAGGCAUGAAGAAGGCAAAAGCAAGGAUGCACACAUUGCUUGAGUAUGAGGACAUUGGCCCAGAAUGUUACUAUGACAAAGCAAAGUCUUUUUUUGACAAUGUCUCCUCUGAUAAUGGACUUGGUUUCAGAUUAACGUGGGCUGAAGAGCGGAAGCGCAAUUUGGAGACUUUUGGAGUCACUGGCCGGUUCGUAAGAGGUCAAGGCUUCAGAGGUAGAUUUACUGGACGCAGAGGACGAGGAGCUGCUCAGAUUCUAUCUUUGGACAGGUUUCAGAGAGGGCGGGUGUAAAUACCACAGAAAACUUGAUCUGGAUUUUUUUUUUUUUGUCCAUUUCCCAUUGUGUUGAAUUUAACUGCCAAGAAAUAUAUACAAAUAUUUUUUGACUAUGUACUAAAAUACAUUUUGUUUAUAUGGUUAAUGUAAUUUUGUUCUGAUUGAGACAUUCAACAUUUGAAGUGUUUAACUGAUUUUUUUUUGAAGUCUUAAUUUAAGCACUUGUAUAAUUGUUAAAUACUGUAAAUAUAAACAUGAAGUUAAAUCUGUAUUCAAAAUCUUGCUUUUCUUUCUGAAAUUGAAACACUGAAACUUGAGAAACUGAUUUUUUUUUUUUCUGUCCUCAAUUUUAAUUUGUUUGAAUUUAGGCCUGGAUAUGUCUUGGAAUUUGAAACGAGAAAUUCCCUCAAGUGUUAAUAUACUCCAAUUGGGUGGUGAGG